AAAAAACGAAUUUUUGUUUGCUGUGAUGGCACGUGGAACGACAGCAUCAGUACUGACAGUCCUCUCACCAACGUGUCACGAUUUGCAAGAUGUGUCAAAGAAGUGGCGAAGGAUGGAACGAUGCAGAUCGUGUACUAUCAUACUGGAAUUGGCACUGGUACAAGCAAGUUUGCCUCUGCUAUUGAUGGCGCUACUGGCAGAGGAAUCCACGCCAAUGUUCGCGAUGCUUACAGCUUCAUCUGCAACAAUUUCAAUUUCGACCACGGCGAAGAUGAGAUAUUCUUAGUCGGCUUCUCACGUGGUGCAUUUACUGUCCGCUGUGUCGCAGCAUUGAUUGACUGUAUUGGUCUGCUCAAGAAAAGGGGUCUAAUACACCUUCAUGAAUUGUACAGACUUUGGACACAGCCCAGUAAAUUGCCGCGAGUUGACACACAUGUUCCAGAGACCGUCGAGCUCGCAUUACAUGCGCUCGCUCUCAAUGAACAUCGGAAGCAUUUUUCCCCCGACCUAUGGACAUCGCACAAUCCUCAAGAGACCCUACUGAAACAAUGUUGGUUUCUCGGUGCUCACUCAGAUAUCGGCGGUGGCAAUGAAGACUCAGGUCUGGCAUCCAUGACCCUGAUAUGGAUGAUUUCCCAGCUGUCUUCAGCUACUGGCGCGGAAUUUGAU